GAGAGAGAGGAAGCGUCAUUCCUACAACUCGAGCUCCGGAGAAGACGCUCGUGUUAUCUUCGGCUCUGAUCGCUCUUCUGGAAUUCUUUUCUCCGCUUUUGCCCGAUUUGGAGGCGCAUCGUAACACGGACAACGCUCUACUCCUCAGCCGGAUGCAGCGCUUGGUUCACCUGGUGAAGUAAAGAGUGAGAUAAAGGAGGGAGAAUGUCUCAGAGCCCUGUUGGCUGCGCUCACUCCUCGCUCAGAUCGUGUAACAGUGUGUUUAUGGUAAGUUCUGCCUGAACGACAAAGUUGUGUGUUCCAGUUUUGUGGGAUUGCGCAAUUUCCUGCGCAGUAGCGCAACUGUGGCAGCGUAGCGGCAGCUUUGGAGCUUCGCGGUUCUCUCCAGUGGAAUACCGAGGCACUUUUUGGGGGGAGCCGUUUUUUUUUCGACACCAUGUUCGUGGUCCGUGGAUAAAACGUCGUGCGAAGGUACUGUGGUGGUGUUUUCAUCUCUGUUUCAGCCGUUUCGCCCUCAGUUUCAGUGUGGAAGAAAAGCGCCUUUGAGAGAAACGGUUAUGCGAGCAACAAGCUACGCAGCUAUGCUGCUUUUAGUCGCUCGCGCGCACAUUCCGAGCGAGUAGCCGCUCUUUUAAACCUCUUCUAUUGAUUUAUACAUAUUCUUUAAUCAAAUUACCCACUUUUCCUCACGAAAAUGGCACUUGGCUUUACUCUGACCUCUUCCAACUUUGUUCACCUGAAAGUGUGAACAAAAUCCUUCGCCCAGUUUUGUUUGUUUGUUUUUUUUCCUCCCCUCCUCAAUUCGAAGGGUGGCGCGGGAGACCAUGGCUAGGCGCGCGCUCGCCCACCGGUCGCCGGGUUGCUUCUGCUUCCCGUGGAGGCUGCUCUGGAUGCUGAAGGCGCUGCUGCUGGCCGUGGCUGCGGCGCAGGAGACGUACGCGCCGCACUCCAUCCGGAUCGAGGGCGACCUGACGCUGGGCGGCCUCUUCCCCGUGCACGCGCGCGGCGUGGCGGGUGAGCCGUGCGGCGACGUGAAGAAGGAGAACGGCAUCCACCGGCUGGAGGCCAUGCUCUACGCGCUCGACCAGAUCAACGGCGACGACGAGCUGCUUCCCAACAUCACGCUUGGCGCGCGCGUGCUAGACACGUGCUCGCGCGACACGCACGCGCUCGAGCAGUCGCUCACCUUCGUGCAGGCCCUCAUCCAGAAGGACACGUCGGACGUGCGCUGCACCAACGGCGAGCCGCCCGUCUUCGUCAAGCCCGAGAAGGUGGUCGGGGUCAUCGGGGCCUCGGCCAGCUCCGUGUCCAUCAUGGUGGCCAACAUCCUGCGCCUGUUCCAGAUUCCUCAGAUCAGCUACGCCUCCACAGCACCGGAGCUGAGCGACGACCGCCGCUACGACUUCUUUUCACGUGUGGUGCCUCCCGACUCAUUUCAGGCCCAGGCCAUGGUGGACAUUGUUAAGGCCAUGGGCUGGAACUAUGUAUCCACUGUGGCAUCAGAAGGGAGCUACGGCGAGAAAGGAGUGGAAGCCUUCAUGCAGCUCUCUCGGGAAGCAGGUGGAAUAUGCAUUGCCCAGUCCCUGAAAAUCCCACACGACCACAAGCAAGCCGAUUUUGACAAGAUCAUUCAGAUGCUGCUUGACACACGUCCGGCACGAGCAGUGAUUAUGUUCGCUUAUGAUGAAGAUAUUCGGGAGAUUCUGAACGCCAGUAAAAGAGCAGAUCAAGUGGGCCACUUCGUGUGGAUUGGGUCAGACAGCUGGGGAGCAAAAAACAGCCCCAUUCAUGGAAUAGAGGAUGCAGCAGUGGGAGCCAUCACCAUCCUACCAAAAAGAGCCACAAUAGCCGGGUUUGAUGCCUACUUCACCUCCCGCACGCUGGAGAACAACAGGAGAAACGUGUGGUUUGCUGAGUUCUGGGAGGAGAACUUCAACUGCAAGCUAAUGAGCUCCUCCAAGAAAGAAGACACCAGUAGAAAAUGUACAGGCCAGGAGCGGAUAGGGACGGACUCCAAGUACGAGCAGGAGGGGAAGGUGCAGUUUGUGAUCGACGCUGUGUACGCCAUGGCCCACGCGCUGCACAACAUGCAGAAAGACCUGUGUCCAGAGCACUCGGGCAUGUGCCCAGAGAUGGAAGUGGCCGGCGGAAAGAAGCUGCUCAAGUACAUCCGCAACGUCAACUUUAACGGGAGUGCUGGAACAUCUGUGACUUUCAAUCAUAAUGGAGAUGCUCCGGGACGCUACGACUUGUUCCAGUACCAGAUGAACAAUAACAGCUCUCCGGGGUACAAAGUAAUUGGGCAGUGGACGGAAACGCUCCAGCUCAAUAUCGAGGACAUGCAGUGGCCCAAUGGCGAAGUGGAUAUCCCCAGUUCAGUCUGCAGCCAGCCCUGCAAGACGGGUCAGCGGAAGAAGAUGGUGAAGGGCAUGCCCUGCUGCUGGCACUGUGAGUCGUGUGAUGGCUACCAGUAUCAAUACGACGAGACCACCUGCAAGCUAUGCGCCUACAACAUGCGGCCCAACCCAAACCGCACUGGCUGCCAGCCCAUCCCCAUCGUCAAGCUGGAGUGGCACUCGCCUUGGGCCGUCAUCCCUGUCUUCUUGGCCAUGCUGGGCAUCAUCGCCACCAUCUUCGUCAUGGCCACGUUCAUACGCUACAACGACACACCUAUCGUCCGAGCUUCGGGCAGGGAGCUCAGCUACGUCCUGCUGACCGGAAUCUUCCUCUGCUACAUCAUCACCUUCGUCAUGAUUGCCAAGCCCGACGUGGCCGUGUGUUCCUUCAGACGUAUCUUCCUGGGGUUGGGCAUGUGCAUUAGCUAUGCCGCCUUGCUAACCAAGACGAAUCGAAUUUACCGGAUUUUCGAGGAGGGUAAGAAGUCGGUGACUCCGCCUAGACUGAUCAGCCCUACCUCGCAGCUAGCCAUAACAUCGAGCCUCAUUUCCGUGCAGCUCCUUGGGGUCUUCAUAUGGUUCGGGGUGGACCCUCCCAACACCAUCAUCGAUUACGAUGAGCAGAAGACCAUUGACCCAGAAAAGGCUAGGGGGGUGCUCAAGUGUGACAUUACAGACCUGCAGAUCAUUUGUUCGCUGGGAUACAGUAUUCUGCUGAUGGUUACAUGUACGGUUUAUGCUAUCAAGACACGAGGAGUUCCUGAGAAUUUCAACGAGGCCAAGCCCAUUGGCUUCACCAUGUACACCACCUGCAUCGUGUGGCUGGCCUUCAUUCCUAUAUUCUUUGGAACGGCUCAGUCUGCAGAAAAGCUGUACAUCCAGACCACCACACUGACCAUCUCCAUGAACCUGAGUGCGUCGGUGGCGCUGGGCAUGCUCUACAUGCCAAAGGUCUACGUCAUCAUCUUCCACCCGGAGCUUAAUGUGCAGAAGCGCAAGCGCAGCUUCAAAGCUGUGGUGACGGCUGCCACCAUGUCGUCACGCCUCUCGCACAAGCCCAGUGACCGGCCCAACGGCGAGGCCAAGACCGAACUGUGUGAAAAUGUGGACCCCAACAGCUAAUUCUCAUAAUUUAUCAGGUCCAGCUGCGAAGAAGAAGUAUGUGAGCUACAAUGACCUUGUGAUCUAAAGGACCUCCAUCAAAGGAGGGAAGUAAUCAGUGAGAGAUGCUUGGUCUUUUGCCGUUCUUAUUUUUUCUUUUUUUUGGGCAAAAGGAGAAAUGGGAGGAGGAAGAAGGCUUUUAUGUCCCUUUGGUGUUGUGCCCACUCACAUCCAAGGUCCUGGACAGUGAUUGGGUCCGUGGCUGUACUGUAUCUACACUCGAGGAUAUCGGUUGAUAUUUUAAUAUGUCCUUGGAUAUGAGCCAGAAGAAGACAAAAAAAUAGAUAAAUAAAUAAACAAACAACAUGGCGAGAAAAAACAUCAACAGAAUCAAGAUGUUCCAAAAGAAAAAAAACAACAAAAAAUAAAAAAAACAGAAAUGUUCUUUUGUUUGGGGUUUGUUUUGUUCUAUUUUUCCCAACAGAGGAAAAACACUGGACAAAACAUAAUGGACAGGACGGUAGUCAAAACUGGCACAGAUUUCAGCUCCUGGCCCUGUAAAGACCUUUUCUCAAGGCGUUUUGCUCUGAUAAUCUUCAAAAAGAGAAACUUUCUUCAGGGUCUGUCUCUGAGGGCGAUGGCACAGCAAAAGGAUCACAGGGCCCGGGGAGGCCAAACUCUUGUCUUUACAUGUACUUCCAAACUGCAAGUUUUCCAGACUUCCCCGUGCGAGUUUGUGUGGUUCUUUAGCAUUCCUGUUACCUUUGCUGUUGGACUUUUUACAUUUUCCGUUGGGAGAUUUUUUUUUUUUUGUUAUUUCUCUUCUUUUUUCCUUGCCUCUUGGAUGCACAUUAUAUUAAAGCCAUAUUCUUGUCUUUGAGAUGUCAACCCUGUUACCAAAUUCUUUUUUCUUUCGUUUUUUGCGCUCUUUUUUUUUUUCCUUCUCCUGAUUCAUACGAGCAUCCACUUCAAAUUCGAUAUACCUUUUACGGAAAGUCGUCGCAUCGUGAGGGUUUGUAGAGCAUCGACUGUGUUUUCAGUGACUUUGAGAGAAUUUGUGAUGUUUGAGAUCUAAAAUUCCAGACUGACAAUGUUCCAUUUUUUUUUCUUCAAGAGGUGUUCGCGUAGCAGUUGUCAAUGCAUGCCUGAUAUGUUCGAUGUUAAAGUAAACUAAAUAUGUCACCUGAAGAAGGCUAUUAUUUUGGCCUGUUUUCAAAAAAUUCACUUUCAUUGAUUUUUGUUUUACUUUUUUCUUCAAUCCUUUCUCAAACAUCCACACACUCAAGGCAGAAUAUGGCUUUAAUUUGUUUCGGAAUUUCUAACUGCCCCGCAACGUAUGGAGAAAUUGUGGAGAAAACAACAAAAAAAGAUGAAUAUGAGUAUAUAUUUCAAAAAAUGAAAGAAAAAAAAAGAUUUAAAAUGAAAUAAAAAGCAUGUAUGUUUUAUACUGUUUGUACUAAGUAUAUUCAUGUUGCCCUGCUGCUUAUGUGCCAAUAUUGUGGGAGACAUUUACGUUUGGCCACUCAUGCAACUAUACUGUGGUGUUGUCCAAGAAUGUAUCGAUGAAAUAAAACCAUUUGGUUAUUUUUAUUUUUUAAUUCCCAAAAAAA